AUGCGCAGGUCACUCAUCGCUAUCGUCACACCCAAGGAUAGACGCGCCGAAGAAGCCUUCGGCUAUCCAGAGAACGCCAGUCGCCGCUGGACAGAUCAUGUCCUCACCGACCACAGAGAUACUGAACUACUGAUCACCAGACGAGCUAGCAAAGCAGCAGCAGCAUGGCCUACACCCGCUGUCCACCUACACUUGCAUCUCACCCUCAGACCCAAGAACUUGCUGAAGGGAUUCAUAUUUGGCACCGAUGAAAAUACCUGCGAUGUUCUCUUACAAAGAUCAAGGGCCAGCGGUAUUAGCGGUAAUCAUUUCUCGAUUCAAAUCGAUUGGGAUUCCGGCAGCCCAAUGCUUUCCUGUCUGUCAGAGAGGGGUAUUAGGCUCAAGGAAGAGAGCACUGGAAAAUAUGUGCGCACUCUGUUCCGAGAUGACGGGGAGACCGUUCCGUCGGGCGCCACUCUCCUUGUCGAAGUCAUCGACCGUUUCGAGUUGACCAUAUGUUGUCCAGAAAGAGGAAGACUACAACCUGUGUAUAAUGAGAACCUCCAGGACUAUUAUCGAAAAUACAAAGAUGCCGUGCCUGACGUGAGCAAUAUGUUUCUCGAUCGACCGGACAUGACACCAUUCAUCUUGCACCGUUGCAUAGGCUUGAACGGAGGAGAGUACUACACAACCCAGAGAAUGAUAACAGGUGAUGCUGAGUACGACGAGAAGGUCUUCCUUUACCAUGCCAAGAUCAGGCCAGCGGCUGACGAGAUUGGGAGAAUUUCCGGCCCAGAGCCGGAGCCCAUCUCACAAGCAAGUGGGAAGCAAGCAGAAAGACGCCCUAUACGACCAAAUACGACCCGGUCACAAAACAAUGUUGAGGGGUCCAACACUGCGAUAGAACCGUUUCUCGACAACGCGAAGAGCCAAGUUUGUAUAGUGAAACACUUUCGAGACAAGCAAGGCGUCUGCAGCGUAACCCCGUUGAAGGCACAGAGAUGGAAUCGGCUACAACACUUGAACAUCCUAAGAGUCUUCGAUAUCAUCUUAGAGGGGACAGCAUUCUUGGUCGUCAACGAAUAUUUCCUUCAUAUCACGUUGGAUUCAAUACUACGAGAUGCCGCUACGCUGAGCUUGGAAGAGUCUGGAUUUAUCAUAGGGCAAAUGCUUGAUGGCCUGAACUAUUUGCAUGAGCAGGGGUGGGUCCACGGAAACGUCGAUCCACGCAGUAUAUUGGUAGUGACGAGAUAUCCCCUGCUCAUCAAGCUGGCAGAUACUGCCCUCUCCGCAAUGGCGAACCUUGGAAAACCGGAAGGGUACCAUGACCUCUAUGCUUCUCAAAGAAUUUCAGCAGAGUUCGACCAAUAUCCCAGUGAUAUCUGGUCCGCUGGCGUUGUGGGACUACACCUUGUCCACGGCAGACUCCCAGAGCGCGCCACCUACACUUUGUCUAGCCGUGCACAAUAUGUUCAGCAGUUGGUGAUCUACAUCACAGCUCGGAGCCGGCAACAGCUCCUUAAUGAUGGGCUACGCUUCCUCAAGACGGUAAUGAAGGCUAGAAUCAAGGACCGGCCAACAGCAAAAGACCUGCUCAAAGAUCCAUGGAUCCAGAAGACAAGGCACUACCAAGCCCUUCAAUCACGAGUAACGCGGCUCGCCACUCCCCAAGGAUUGCGUCACACAAGUGCGGGACCGUCUAAUUCUUUCAAUAGACAAAGCGCUGCCGGCCCUUCGAAUCAUUCAAUUGUCGGGGAAUAUGCACCAGGAUCCCACUACAGGAGCGUGGGCCCAUCCUACAACGUUGAUAGGCAAGGCUCCGUCAAUCCUUCGAAGCCUAUCGACUGUGAGGAAUACGUCCCAGGAUCCCGCCAUACAAGCGUGGGACCUUCCGGCAAAGGACCGUCCACCAAUCUCAGCAGGCAGAGUUCAACCGACCCGACCAUUCGAGCUUUACUGGAGUCGCGUCCCUACCCAGGAGACGAUUACAACGACUUCGAAAGCGAGAAUCGAAGCACAACAUCACGAAACAGCCGCUUUACUGCCAACUCGCUCGCUCGAUUGGCCCGUGCGCCCACACCAUCCGAAUCUGACGACAAUAAGAGUGCGCCAGUGGGACAACGCUCCUUGCGCUCGCAAUCUCGCAGCAACGGAGGCAGAUCUCCAGCCAUCCAAAGCGAACACGCAUCAACAGCAUCACAAAGCAGCCGCUUCACUGCCAAUCCGCUUGCUCGAGAGCCCCAUCUCACGCGUAUACCAUAUGACUCUGAAGACGAGUCAGGCAUGCCAGGCUCCUUGCGCUCGCAGCCUCGCAAUAGUGGACGUAGAUCCCCGGCCGAACAUAACAAACAUGGUGGGCCGGGCCCCUUGCGCUCCCAACCUCGCAGUGGUCGGGGGAAAUCCCCACUGAGUGACUGGGCAACGGGCACAUUUGGACGAGUAGAGGGUCAGGGAGAGGCCGUGAUCGAAGAGGAUAGUGGCGAGGAAACAGCGACGGAUGAGCGCCGUGGGCGGGUUACAAAGAAGCCGCGCAGGGAUGCAGUCGUCCCUCCGCUGGAGAGGAACCUGAGGUGGCGCGGAAAUGGCAGGCGUUGA